AUGGCGGGUCCUGCUCCAUUCUGCAAGGGGGCUGGAGGGCAGAACUGGCUCAGCGGUGAUGGGAUCAGCAGUGUUUUCUCACCAGGAUGGAGCAAUGACCUGACGACCCCGCAGGCACUGGCCCUGGAGGAUAUCCAGUUCCAAUGGGCUCCUCUGUCUGGAGAUGGAGAUCUGCUGUCUCCCACAGGUCUGGCAUUUGGGGAGCGCUGGCUGGAUGCCCCGCCCAGCUCCCCGCAUGCCCCGCCCAGCUCCCCGCUUACCCCGCCCAACUCCCCACAUGCCCCGCCCAACUCCUCGCAUGCCCCGCCCCCAGAACCAUCCCGUCGAUCCCUGGGCCAGGUGAUGUCCAUCACAGCCUCUCCCGGGCCUCGCGUCACCCCACUCACUGACCACGCCCACCAGAAGCCACGCCCACAGCAAAUCUCCGCCCACUGGAAGCCCCGCCCCGUUCCCGCCCCAACGGCUAUCGUCCUGCGCAUGCACUGUGGUCCCGCAGCCGGUCAGUCGGAGGCCUGUGGACAGCGAGGCCGGUCAUCGCGGGGCGGCGCCCGAGGGACGCAGACUGCCCAGUUCCCUCGCGAGGUGCCGGCCCGCGGUCAUCUGCGGGCGUGCGUGUGCGGGUCACCCGGGGGUCACACCACGGACACCUCCAUGGACACGGACAUGGUCACCCCCACGGGCACCUCCAUGGGCACCUCCAUGGACAUGCCAGGGUCACACCACGGACACCCACGGACACCUCCAUGGACACACCAGAGUCACACCACGGACACCUCCAUGGACACGGACAUGGUCACCCCCACGGGCACCUCCAUGGACACGCCAGGACACCUCUAUGGCCACGCCACGGUCACCCCAUGGACACCCACGGACACCCCCACUGACAACCCCACCGACACCCACGGAUACCCUCACGGACACCCCCACAGACACCUCUAUGGCCAUGCCACGGUGGAGAGAAAGGAAGCGGCUGGCAUGGUGUCCGGUAGCAAUGCAGAAGGAGGACGCCUUCCCAGUGCUCACACCGAGGAGGAGGACGACGACCCGGCUGACUGUCCCCACAAGGACACCAACCCCAUGGUCAUCUGUCAGUUGAAAGGAGGCACUCAGAUGCUGUGCAUAGACCAUUCUGGAACCAGAGAGUUGAAAGCCCUUCAUCUCCUUCCUCAGUAUCAGGACCAGAACAACUCUCUACAGUCAGAUGUCCCUAAACCAAUGACUGCAUUAGUAGGAAGAUUUUUGCCGGUGCCAGCAAAACUAAACCUCAUUACCCAACAACCUCCAGGCCAGAAGCCCCUCGUUGGGCUGGUCGUCCUAGGCCUUACCCCUCCACCCCCUGAGGCUGAGCCCUGUGAGCAGCUGGAGAACGGACCCGUCCCCCCGGGAGUCAGCGGGCCGCUGCAGGGGCCACCGCUCACGCUGACCGGUGUGGAGGGGCUGCCCCCCACCCCCCGCCACCGGCCGCUCAGAAUGGAAACGACCACCAAGAAGGCCCACCAGUUCCCCUUCCCGUCCCGUCAGGCCUGCCAGUACUGUGACUGCUUUGCCAGCGGAGACUUUUGCAACGACUGCAAUUGCAAUAACUACUGCAACAACUUACGGCAUGAGCUAGAACGAUUUAAGGCCAUCAAGGCGUACCUCGACAGAAACCCCGAAGCUUUCCAACCCAAGAUCGGCUCGAGGAGGCUGGGAGACGUCAAGCUCCGCCACGGCCUGGGGUGCGACUGCAGGAGCUGGGGCUGCCUGAAGGGCCACUGCGAGUGCUACGAGGCCAAAAUGAUGUGUUCUUCUAUCUGUAAAUGCGUUGGCUGCAAAAAUUACGAAGACAGCCCAGAACAAGUGACACUCAUGAGCCUGCCAGCCGACGUGGAGCUUGGAGCACUGGAAGGCAGCCCCCACCUGUCCCCAGCCAAAUCCUCAGGACCACCCAGACCCAGGAGGGACCGGCCGUCCUUCACCUGCAUCUCCUGGGAGGUGGUGGAGGCCGCCUGUGCCUGCCUGCUGGCCCAGGGCGAGGAGGCUGAGAGGGAGCACUGCUCUCAGUGCCUGGCUGAGCAGCGGGUCCUGGAGGAGUUCGGGAGGUGCCUGUCGCAGAUUCUCCACAUCGAGUUCAAGUCCAGAGGACUGCAGAUGGAGUAG